AUGGAGCCCUGGCAGUUUACAGCAACUGAGGCCAUUGCCCAGUUCAAGAACGGCUCGCUCACAAUUGAGCACUAUGCCCGCUCCCUGCUAGCCAGAAUUGCGAAGAGAGAUGAUGCCGUCAAAGCAUGGGCAUAUCUGGACCCAGAUUAUGUGAUUGAGCAGGCCAAGAAGCUCGAUGAGGUGCCGCCUGAGAAACGGGGCCUUUUGCACGGAGUCGCAAUUGCUGUGAAGGAUGUCAUUUACACCAAAGACAUGCCCACACAGUUCAAUUCUCCUAUUUAUGAAGGAGACGCCCCGAAAGUAGAUGCAGCAUCGAUCAUUACUCUGAGACAUGCUGGUGCCCUGAUUUUGGGAAAGACCACGACCACAGAGUUCGCCUCAACCACGUACGGCGGCAAGACCUCUAAUGCCCAUGACUCCACUAGAACACCAGGCGGCUCAUCAUCUGGGUCUGGUGCUGCGGUUGGCGAUUUUCAAGCUCCUAUCGGUCUUGGCACCCAAACGGGUGGUUCCACAAUCCGUCCUGGCUCAUAUAAUGGAAUCUAUGCCUUCAAGCCGACUUGGAACUCAAUCAGUCGUGAAGGGCAAAAGAUUUACUCUCUGCUGUUCGAUACGCUCGGUUUUUACGCUCGCAGUGUCGAGGAUCUCCAACUCCUGGCCGACGUCUUCGCACUGGAGGAUGACCAACCCGUCAAAGAGCCAUUCGAGAUCAAGGGCGCAAAGUUUGCUUUGUUGAAGACGACGGUCUGGCCACAAGUAGGUCCAGGAACCAUUGCAGCAAUGGAACACGGAGCCAAUAUACUCAGGAGCCAUGGAGCGGAAGUGGACGAGAUUGAGCUGCCGCCCGAGUUCAGCGAGGCACCGGAGUUCCACCGCAUCCUACUCCACAGCGAGGGCCGUGUUUCCUUUUUGCCCGAGUACAGAACCGCGAAGGAGCAACUCCACCCAUUUUUGAUCGGACACGUUGACAACGAGCACAAUAUUUCUCGAGCUGCUCAACUGAAAGCAUUUGACGGCAUGGCUGCGCUGAGGCCGAAGAUUGACGAGAUUGCUGGUCGCUACGCGGCUAUUGUUACCCCUAGUGUGCCAGAUGUCGCACCUGUGGGACUUGUGACAACUGGAACUGCCGCUUUCAAUAGUAUUUGGACUGCAUUUCACACCCCAGUAACCAACAUUCCAGGGUUCAAGGGCGAGGCAGAUAUGCCGAUUGGGCUUUCGCUUGUUGCCCCUCGAUACCAUGAUAGGCACCUACUUGCGGUUUCCAAGGCGGUAGGAAGUAUCUUCGAAGCGGAAGGUGGUUGGAAGCGGAAUAAUAUAUAG